UAAUCUGGCAGGGGUGGCGGUGCAUGUGUUUACAGGGCAGCAGCACGUGGCGGCGGUGUGUGGCGGCGGACUGGCUGGACCUCCUCUCAUUUUUCUUCCUGCGAGGCGCCUGAUUGACUGACUCUCCUUCCCUUACACUCCGUGACAUGGGUAGGCCAGACUUCUCACCAAGGGGCGGAGGUUUCCGUGGUGGGCGAGGGGGAGACCGUGGUGGCAGAGGAGGAGGAGGAGGAUGGGGUGGUCGUGGGGGUGGUGGAGGAGACCGAGGCUUCUCCCCCAGAGGCCGCGGAGGCUUCACACCUGGUGGCCGAGGACGAGGGGGCGGUGACCGAGGAGGCCCCAGAGGGCGUGGCCGGGGAGGAGACCGAGGCCGUGGAGGCAGAGGAGGCUUCAGAGGUGGCAACAAGGUGAUGAUUGAGCCUCACCGCCACGAGGGUGUGUUCAUCGCCCGUGGGAAGGAGGACGUCCUGGCCACGAGGAACAUGGUUGUGGGGGAAAGUGUCUACGGCGAGAAGAGGAUGAGUGUUGAGGAAGGAACUGAAAAAAUUGAGUACCGUGUGUGGAAUCCCUUCCGGUCCAAGUUGGCAGCAGCAAUCGUGGGCGGUGUGGGUAACAUCUACAUGCCCCCUGGCUGCAAAGUGUUAUACCUUGGUGCAGCAAAUGGCACAACUGUAUCACAUGUGUCUGACAUUGUUGGUCCUGAAGGAGUGGUGUAUGCAGUGGAAUUCUCCUUGCGUUCUGGCCGUGACUUGGUGAACAUGGCAAAGAAGCGGACCAACGUUGUGCCCAUUGUAGAGGAUGCUCGCCACCCUCACAAGUACCGCAUGGUGUGUGGAAUGGUGGACACCAUUUUUGCUGAUGUGGCUCAGCCUGACCAGGCGCGCAUUGUGUCACUCAAUGCACAACACUUUCUCAAGGUUGGGGGUCACUAUAUUAUCUCCAUCAAGGCAAACUGCAUUGACUCCACUGCCCCAGCUGAGGCUGUCUUUGCUGGGGAGAUUAAAAAGCUACAGGGAGACCAACUCAAGCCUCAGGAACAGCUGACAUUAGAACCAUAUGAGCGAGACCAUGCCGUGGUGGUGGGAGUGUACCGGCCACCCAAGAAGAACAAAGGCUAAGAAAUGUCAUCCUAAACAAGAGCUUGGAUGGUUCAUUGACUGGUUGAACUGAUACAAUACAUUUACUCUCUAUGCUCUGUAUUAUGUGCAAUUAAGCUAUCACCAUAAUUUUACUAGAUUUUAUAUGAAAUUUCACAGAAUAUAAUAAAGAUGUACAGUAAAAGAAUAUUCCAGCAUCAUGUUUGUGGUGUGUAGGCAAUGAGCCAUCCACUCUUUAGAGAAGCAGUUCCAGGAACUUCAGUAAGACAUUAGGAGCUGUAAUCACAGAGGUGAGUCUUUUCACUCACAGAAAAGUGAAAUGCUGUUUACUUUUAUCCAGUCAAAAAGCAACAUUUUUUUUUUCUUGCCUGUUACUGGAGGCAGUGUUGAAAAAAACUUGCUUGAGUGAUUACAAUUUCCUGGCAUUUAAAGGUCCUGGGAUGAAAGAGUGUUGACAAGCUGCACAGCAUGAUGCAACUUCCUGUAUAGAGAAGUUUAAUCAUUGAUUUUUGUAUAUUUAGAUUGGGCAGAAAUUGCAGAAUAGACCACACAUGUAAGUUAUAGUAUUUGCUAUUUUUUUGCCUGGCCAGUAUACAAACAAUGAUGUGCAGCUGGUUGACACUCCAUUUUAUUCAGGAUUUUUUUGUGCCUCUUAAUUGUUACAGUUUGCCUGUAACAAGUGACCAGUGGGGAUGUGUUGAAUGGAUGCAUUGAACGAAAAUGCAUCUAAUUUUUAUAAUUCUAUGAAAAUAAAUGUGUAAGCCAA